AUGGCUCCGCGAAACACGGCGGGGCAGGAGCCACUUCCCUUAGCGAAUCUGCGGAAUUUUGCGGCGAUCUGGAACGAGAGCACCGAGAACGUGGAGCGGUGGGGAAAGUACAUCCUAGAUCGGAAUAUUACGGAGCGAUUCGGGAAAGACUUUCUAGAUCGGAAUGUUGCGGAGCAAUGGGGGAAAGUGCGGGGCAAAGGGACUAUGAAUGAGAUCGUGGAAGGUUGGGGAAAGGGGUUCCAAGAUCGGAUCCGAAGCUUCGUUCCGCCUUCUAGAACUGCGGAGGAGCGCAGCGGCAAACGGGCGGAGGGCGGAAGGAUGGCGGAAGGCGGAAGGAUGGCGGAAGGCGGAAGGUAUGCGGCGGCGCUAGAGGCCACAUCUGGGGACGGUGGUAUCGUAACGCGUAUAGCGCCGGCAGCAGCAGGGCGCGUGGGAGUGAUACGGGCUUCUUUUUCAUCGCGUCUUCCGUUAGCGCGUAUAGAACCCCCUCCCGCUGUAGUAGCUACUUCGAGAACUGAAGAACUUACGAAGAGCGACUCCCCGGACCGCGAAUGGCGGAAUGGCGGUGCGGCUGACGUGGACGGAGCUGGAAGCAGCGGUUCAGCUGGGCGAGGAACCGGCGACGCCGACUCUAGCGCCGCACCACCCUGGCAGAUGCCGCUGAGGGAAGCUUCGAGGAAGGUGGCGGAGCUCGGGCGAGCAGUGAAGGGUCUAUGGAAGGGGAGGAAAGAUGACGUGAGCGGCGCAGGAACGGGAACAGCAGCAGAUGGUGCUGGUGCGGGCAAGCAGAGCAGCAGCCUAGCCUCUCUUGCGCAGUUCCCUGAUGCGGAGGAGAGGCAGCUAGCAGCAGCUCUGGCCAGCGGCAAACGAGCUACCCUUAUCCAGUUUUACGCCCGCCGCUGCCGCCUCUGCCGGUCGCUCAGCCAGCUCACCGCUGAGCUGGCGCGACGCAACGCUGACUGGCUCAAUGUGGUGCCUGCUGACGUGGAGAACAGCCGAUGGCUGCCUGAGGUGGGGCACUACAGCAUCAAGUAUGUGCCGUGCUACGUGCUGCUAGACGGGCGAGGGAGAGCGCUGGCCAAGACAGGCGAGCCGUACAGCCGCAAGCACGUGGUGAAAGGGCUGGCUUACCUGGUGGAGUCCAUUCGGCCCUACCGGCGGCGCCCUGCUGUUGGAGAGGGGGGUGUCGGAAAGGAGAAGCAGCAGCAGGAGCAGGGGCAGGACCAGCAGCAGGAGCAGCAGAAGCAGUAG